AUGUCGAAGCCGAGAAGCACGUCUAUCCAUCUGGACAUCCCUCGUAAGAGCACGGAAGUGGAGGACCCUGGAGCACACGAUCUAUCCUCCGACGACGAAUUCCAAGAUGCCACAGAAGGUCGCAAGAGGGUGUCGAGGCCGGUAACACCUAGCUCACCAAUACCUAUUACUAGAGUCGAAAAGGUUGACGACGAACCGAGACAUGGUGAAGUGCCAGGCACCGCGGCUUGGGACAAGCGUCGUCAGGAUGCUGUGCCAGACGAGAUAGAAGUUGUCCCUGAAGGCACUUUGAGCAAAAGAUCAUCCAGACAGCUCCUCGACCCUCCUCUGACGCCAGGCGGCACGCCCAUUCCUCGAACUGUUGUAGAGAAGUUGAAUCCGGACGACACAAGCUAUGGUGAAGAACCAGGAACUCCAGCAUACAAGAAGAGAAUGACGGACGCUACACCCGAUUUUGUACUAAAGAAUCCCGAUCCAUCACAAGGCUCAAAAUUCAAGGACAAUUCCAGCCACUCACGGAACACCUCGACUGCUUCGAUUCCUGCGACUGUGGUCACCAGGGCGGAUGAUGAGCUUGCUCAUGGUGAAGUCCCUGGCACUGCUGCCGCCGAACUCAGGAAGAAGGAUGCUACUCCGGACAAGAUGGAGAUUGAAAGUGAUGUGUCAGUUGAGUCGGAAGGUGACAACAAUGAAGAAAACGAUUUUAACGACAACGAUGGGAAUGGCUUCGGAGAGGAUUUCGACGACUUUGAAGAAGGUGAUCAAGCUGGUGCCGACGACGAUUUCGGGGAUUUUGACGAAUUUGAGCAAGAAGCUCCCAAUGACUCGUCCUCGACGGAUCCGAACCAGCAUGCAGAGACACGAACAGAGGCACCCUCCUUUCCACUGAUAAACUUUGACGCGCUAUCCGACUUGCCUGACCUCCUGGAAACCACUAGGCUACACCUUGAUGCGAUGUUUCCGACCACCACAUCCCCAAGUGAAACAACUAUAGAUUCCGAUUCUAUACCUUUACAUUCCCCUAUAUUUCCUACUGACCGCUCGAGGUCUCUAUGGAAGCAGCUCAUUACUCCACCUCCACUACAGCCACCUAAUUGGACGCAGUCACGCAUACGUCGCCUUUUCCUCAUAAGUCUAGGCGUGCCCGUCGACCUAGACGAGAUCCUCCCACCAAGCAAACAGAAGAAGUUGAUAUUGCCCGACAUUGAAUUACCAUCACGGACCAGCACGACCAACGACGACUCGCCCGUGGCAGGGAAGCCAGAGAACGAUUCUAUUACUAAACUACGCUCGACAAAAACCAACGACUCAAGUGCUAGCAUAGAUAGCCAGCAAUCAGUAUCCACUGCAAAGCGUGGCAGGGAAAGGCCCAAGUCGAUGAAGCCAGGCCAAUUGCCUGCACCACCACCAUUGGACCUCAAUGCAGUGAAACGAUUAUGUGCGACCACGAAUGAAAAGCUCGAGGGGUUUACGGACGACGAGUUGCAGGCUCACGUCAAAGAGCUGGAAUCGCUUACUGAAAAGACCAGCCUGGUUCUUGAGUAUUGGUUGAAGAAGAAAGAUGGCCUGCGCAAAGAGAAAGAGGCCUUCGAGGGUGUUAUAGAGAAUCUGGUACGCCAUGCGAAGAGAGUGAGGACGUUCAAAUAG